GGAGAGUCACCAUACAAAGAGGGGCAAGAAUAUUCUGAUGAUAUACUAACCACGUCUCUGGGGAAAGGGUUCAGAAUCCAGCUUCCUCUACCAUGGGGAGCCGAGAGAAACAGUGGAUUGUUCCGGUGGUUCUUUUAGGACUGCUUCAGUUGAGUAGUGGAGAUCCAAAUAAGCAGAUUUGCUCUCCCACCUCGGGCACCAUCCACGACCAUGGAGCUAAAACUAUAAAUGGGUCUGAAAACAUCAAUUUAGGCCAGUACGCUGGGAAGACGGUCCUCAUUCUAAAUGUUGCCACUUACUGAGGACUAACUUUCCAGUAUCUGGAACUGAAUGCACUACACGAGGAGUUGAAAGGUCAUGGAUUCACCAUUCUUGGGUUUCCAUGCGACCAGUUUGGCAAACAAGAGCCUGGAAGCAACCAUGAAAUUCUGCCCACUCUAAAGUAUGUACGCCCAGGCAAUGGGUUUGUCCCCAACUUCCAGCUGUUUCAAAAAGGUGACGUGAAUGGUCUGUAUGAACAAGGCCUCUUCACGUUCCUCAAAAAAACUUGUCCACCUGUUGGAGAGAGCUUUGGGAAUCCCACAAACAGGCUGUUCUGGGAUCCUUUGAAGGGGACCGACGUCAAGUGGAACUUUGAGAAGUUCCUGGUUGGGCCAGAUGGCAAGCCUGUGAUGCGGUGGUACGCGAGGGUGAACGUCUCUGAUGUCCGAGCAGACAUCCUGAGAUACUUCCAGAAACUCUACUCCUAAAUACAAAACAUACUCCAUCUACCCUCCAACAACAAGAAGAACUGCCCUCCAAUAACUAUUUCAACAUGUCAAAUUCUAUCAUGGCGUAAACUCUCAAACAAUAUGACUAAAUGAUUGCAGGCUCUUGAAAACAAACAACAAAAAAAAACGUAGAAAAUGUCAGAAAACGAUGUCCUCUGUGUUUUAAUGUGAUGCCAUGUGUUUUUCCCUGACAGCAGUAGGCAGUGGCGUUGGUGAGGAGGUGGGAGAGUAGCCUGUUGGUGACGGUGAGGUCUGAAAGCAGAGAUCCUGUGGGGCCUGACCUGAGGGCCGCAGGGCCAGAGUGCCUCUUAAUGCAUUCAAGACACUCUGGAGCCCCUGUGGAGCCAGGCCUCCUUCCCCAGUACCCACCACCGUACUGCCUACUGAAACAUGUCAUGUCUUUGCCUUCAAUUAAAAUAAUCUCUCUAAGCAAAA